AGCUGCCGGGCUGGAGUCCCUCCAGGGCAGAGCAAAGGCAAUGCAAACCCACUGGCUGGGUGUGCGUGGGAAGCCACCAAAGCAAGAGCUAGGAGACGCUGCUCAAGAAGAUUCUGCCUACUCAAAAAUCUUUAUUCUUUUUUGUUGAGGAUCUAGGUGUCUGCUGUUUUUUAUUUUCUUAUUUUUUUUAAAGGGAAACCAGUGAAUUGAAAAUGAGGCUUAAUAUCGCCAUCUUCUUUGGGGCUCUCUUUGGUGCUUUGGGGGUUUUACUCUUUUUGGUGGCUUUUGGAUCAGAUUAUUGGCUUCUUGCAACUGAAGUGGGGAAGUGUUCAGGUGAACAGAAUAUAGAAAACGUCACUUUCCACCAUGAAGGAUUCUUUUGGAGAUGUUGGUUUAAUGGGAUUGUGGAAGAGAAUGAUUCCAAUAUCUGGCAGUUCUGGUACACCAAUCAGCCUCCAUGGAAGAACUGCACCCAUGCUUACCUGUCACCAUACCCCUUCACGCGAGGCGAGCACAACUCAACCUCCUAUGACUCUGCCGUUAUUUACCGUGGCUUCUGGGCAGUCCUGAUGCUUUUGGGGGUGGUUGCCGUGAUGACUGCCAGCUUUUUGAUCAUCUGCGCAGCCCCCUUUGCCAGCCAUCUUCUCUAUAAGGCCGGGGGAGGCUCCUACAUCGCUGCAGGCAUCCUGUUUUCCCUGGUGGUGAUGCUGUAUGUCAUCUGGGUCCAGGCAGUGGCUGACAUGGAAAGCUACAAAAACAUGAAAAUGAAAGACUGCUUGUAUUUCACCCCUUCUGUGCUAUACGGCUGGUCAUUUUUUCUGGCCCCAGCGGGGAUAUUUUUUUCUUUGCUAGCCGGAUUACUAUUUCUAGCUAUUGGACGGCAUAUUCAGUUACAUCACUAAUCAAAUUGUUGCCACCAGUAUUUUCUUGAGAAAUUUUAAAACAGAGCAUUUUUUUCAUUUCGUCUCCAUGAUCCCAGCAUAGAAUGAGUUGAUGUAACUUUUUAGCUGCUAUUUAAAUUAACCAUAUUACUUGUGAUUUCCUCUAAUAAGAGGGUCCUAGAAUCUCUCCAGACUCCAGAGUGCUUCCAUCUUACCUAAUUGCUCUCAAGAAUCUAGUUUUUUAGGGAGCAGGUAACAUCGGCCUUCCCUUCAAUGCACUUGUUAGAGUUUGCAGGUAACAAAGGCCUGAUAGUAGCAGAACACCACCACUGGGGGCAAAUCAUGAUUUGAUUUAAGCCUCCUCCUUGACAUUCAUUUAUGCUGC